AGGAGUGGUGCAGUAGCGGCGGGGAACGAAACAAGACGGAACGAGUCGGUGACAAUCCGACAUUUCGGAUAUUCGGAAAGGAGCGAGUAAGAGCGAGGCGACACACUCAUUGUCAGUGCGAGAUCAAAGCGUGAAGAAAUGAAAGCCGCCGCACGGAUUUUAACAUUGACGUAUCGAUAAAACUGCACUACAAAUUCGCCCGAUCCCUCGACGGUGCCGACACUGCCAACGACGACUCCUCGACAAUGCGGAAACGUUUGUUUCGCCAGAGGAGUAUCGAAAAAACGACGAGAUGAGCAUGAUAGAAACAACGGAACAGCACGCGGCGGGUAUAUUUUCUACGAUGAUGCUGCCACAGCGACAAUGCAGAUAUUGCAGAUAUUACUGUAGACAUCAUCGUAUAUGUGAUUAAUAUGAAGUAAUUUCUCAAGAGUGGGUACUAAGAUAUACUUCAAACUUCUUCAUUUGGUAAUAAUGGCUUACGAUCCACGUAACGUGAAAUAUCCACCAAACCAUACCUUGCAGCGGCCCAAUGUGGUUGGAUACAAUUAUUCUGGUCAUCCACCGCAGCAUUUCCAGCAAACCGAUGAAAAUCGGAAUGAAAACAACAAUUUGCGCAGCAGCAAAGAACUUUGUCCACAAAUCUCACAGCAGUCAUCCAACACACAGACUGUGCAGAAAGUAGACGCUGCGACUAUGACGGAUCCUCUGCAAAUUGAUUUUAGGCUUUCCGAAUGCCUGGCACGUUGCUCUAGUACGUUAGGUUUACCAUACGCGACUAAAUAUGAGGACUGUGGUACAAAUUCUACGUAUCAAGAAGUAAGAGCAAAAAUCGAAUUUGAUAUUGAACCACAGCAUAUUAAUGGUAUGUUGGUUUACCAUUGCCCCGAGUGUGCAUAUAGAUUUAAUGAUCGAGAGGCACUUCACGAACAUCUUGAAGAUCAUAAACAGAGACCACAUAUCUGUGAUAUUUGCGGGGCAAGCUUAAAACGAAAGGAACACUUGGAUCGUCAUAAGCAAGGUCAUAAUAAAGAUAGGCCAUAUCAAUGUAACAUGUGUUGUAAAGCAUUUAAACGUAACGAGCACCUGGCACGUCAUAUGAUUACUCACUCAGGUAGCAAGAAUCAAAUUUGUACCGAAUGUGGCAAAGCUUUUUAUAGAAAAGAUCACUUGAAGAAACAUUUGCAAAGUCAUAAUAGCAGUCGAGGCAAACACUUAAAUAUUUCACAUAACAAUCCCAACGAUCAGCAGCCAAGCGACCAAGGAUUGAGUAAUUUUGCUAUGAUGAUGAGGCAAUCUGGUCCUCCCGCACUUUCAAUUUUACGGACAUAGUUAUUACGCUAGAUUUAUGUAACGUUCAUAUAGCGUUCAUAUCUCUGUCAGCAAGUCAUUUUUACUUUAUUAUUUAGAUAAUUUUAUUCUAUAAGCUUUAAUACGCGAAUGAGCCUUAUCCAACAUACUCAACUUUACGCGCGAUUUUCUUAGGGAAUUUGUUAUCGAUAUAAGAACCCAUGUUCCUAAGGGAAUAUACCUUAUUGCUGUGUAUUUUGUCAACAGGUACAUAAAAUUACGAUAAUGUUA